AUGUCCAACAAUUUACCCUUCUCAACUCCAUGUCUGAGUUACUGGCAACGAACAACUCGGGCAUUUGCGCAUUUGAACGCAAAUCAAUCUACAGAAGUUCCAACGAAGACCAAGUACGUGGUCAUCGGCUCCGGAAUAUCGGGUGGCUUAACAACUUUUGAACUCCUCGUGGCCGGUGUCCAAGGGGAAGAUAUCAUCAUCCUUGAAGCGAGAGAGGCUGCAAGUGGCGCCAGUUCCCGGAAUGCCGGACACGUUCGACCUGAUGCUUUCCGAGGAUUCAGUGCCUAUUCUAAAGUUCAUGGAGAAGAGCAAGCCUUGAAAAUCAUCGCCAACGAGCGCUUAGUGCUGGGAAAGGUUGAUGAAUUCACGAAGAAGUAUAACGUUCCGUGCGACUUUAAUUUAACAACCACACUUGAAGUUUGUAUGACUCCUGAAUUUGCAGAAUAUGCGGCCCAGAGUCUGGAAGCAUUCAAGCAGGCAGGAGGCAAUGCCUCGCACAUAAAAUUCUACGAAGGCGAAGAGGCGCAAGCAAAGACGAGAAUCAAGGGAGCAGUAGCAGCAUACGAGUGGCCAGCGGGAUCCAGCCACCCAGCAAAACUGGCCCAUUUCUUACUCCAAGCUGUAAUUGCAAAAGGAGUCAAGCUGUUCACGUUUUGUCCAGCGACAGAGAUACACCGAAAUCAAUCCAAACCUGACCUAUGGGACGUGCAUACGCGUCGAGGAAUUGUCACCACGGAAAAGAUCAUACACUGCACCAACGCGCACGUUGCUAAGCUUCUACCAAGGCUGGAAUCUUAUGUCACGCCGAACCGCGCGCAAGCUCAUUCCUUGAUCCCAACGCCGGAAUUUUCGGGUGAAAAUGCUCUGCAAAAUACCUUUUCCUUGCGUUACAGCCUUCACCACUUUUACUCUCUCAUCCAGCGACAAGGUGAUGGAACCCUGAUACUAGGAGUAUCACGGUCCAAUCCAAACCUAAGCGAGGAAACAGUUGCCAGCCGUUUCAGUAUAGACGACUCACACUACCACAAGGAGAUAGCAGAGGACGCAACUCUCAGCUUUAACAAGAUCUUUCCGGACUUCGCCUCAGGGGGGAUGCUACACGGAGAGGGCCUGGAUCAUGCAUGGACAGGGAUUAUUGCCAUGACCAGCGAUUCGGUUCCAUUUGUUGGGCAGAUAGAAUCAUUGCCGGGGCAAUAUAUAUGUGCCGGGUUUAACGGACAUGGAAUGGCACGCAUUUUCACCUGCGCGCCCGGUGUUGCUAAACUUGUGCUUGGAAAAUGUUGGAGUGAUACUGGCUUGCCUGAAUGCUUUGAGUUCAGCGAAGAUAGACUUGCCAGGUUCUCAGGAGGACGUGUACCAUCGGUGUGGUAA